AUGGUCUCUUCUGCUCAGUGUACAUUGUUGCUGCUGCUCUUGGAUCCAGUGAAAUAUAUCACUCUAACCUCAGUCCAUCAAUUUGCUUUUAAGAGCCGACUUCAUUCUACGGUUUCUUUUCAAAAUCUACAGUCAUUGGAGAAACUGGUGAUUUCAGAUCUAUCGUCGCCAUCCAGGAUGCACAACAGGGAGUUUAUGUGUGUUAAUUGUAUGCAGCCGUCUUCAUCACUGUAUCAGAUUUAUUCUGAAGGUGUCAUUCGGCUAUCGGAUUGUAAAAGUUGCGGUGCGGUUGUUGAUAAAUACGUUGAGUACGACACCAUGUUGGUUAUCAUAGACCUAAUAAUCCAUAACAUCUCGGCAUAUCGUCAUCUGAUAUACAAUAUGAAGAUACAGAACCAAUUGCGAGUGGCAGUAAUUUUUCUUUUCUGUGACGCCUACGAUAAGUGGAUCUCAGGAAGAGCUGGUGUUUAUAAUAUAUACGAUUUGGAAUGGAUAUUUUAUAAAAGCCUACUACAAAGCACAUUAGAAAUGUGUACAUAUGUUGCUGUUAUAAUAUUCUGCGAAAUUUUGGUUCAUUCCUUUUGUUUGGACCGUAUUGAAUUAAUAAGUCGAGGUACUAUCAUUGGCUACUAUGGCAAUGUGGCUGUAGUAUUAUCUAUAAUCUUCCGACUAAGCAAAGAAUUCUCUUAUCGCUCUGUUACGCAACUCUUUAUUUUCGUUUCUCACAUUCAGGUGCAGCGAACAUUAUUUCCGGAUUUGUCGCUCGUCACAAACUGUGUCGUUGUUGCUAUUGGUGUCGCCUUGUCAAUGUUGUCAGGAUUGCUUUGUCGGAGUUUCCUAGAGUACUGA